AUGGCUAUCACCGAGGUUGCGAUUCUGAAACUCAGGCCAGUGGCCCUAACAGCCUCCAACAAGCCCAAUGAGACGACUACUGCCUUUCUCCGGAAUGCCAAACAGAGUAUGGAAUCCUACACUGGUUUUCCAUUCUACAUCUUCACCCAAUUAGAAGAUCCCGCUCACGUUUACAUUGUGGGCAACUGGGAAACCCUGGCUCAACAUUACGAUGAUUGGAUUCCAUCCGACGCGAACCAAGGCCUGCUGGAGAGCGGCAAAGACCUAUUUGAUAUCGCGGGACUGGCACACCUCGAUAUUGAUCAGCAGGAACUUGGAAUCCCGUCAGAUGCACCAGUGGUCUCACUUGGAUGGUUCUAUAUGCUUCCCGGCCAGAGAGAAGCGUUUGUCAAGGCCUGGGAGGGAAACGUUCCCUAUCUGAAAGAACUUACUGCGCCAUAUAUAGUCCGAAGCGGCUGGCGUAUUGACGGGGAGAGAAAGGUCGAGGGCAAGGAAGCGGUUGCUGCGGAAGGAGAGCCCGAGUUUGAAGAGUUUAUCGCUUUCACGGGCUGGCGGGAUGUCGGCCAUAAUGAAUCGUAUGCACAGUCGGAAGGAUUCAGCCAAUACCAGCAGCUUCUUGGCUAUGCCACCAAGGUUGAAACGAAGCGCCUUAUAAAGCUGGAUCUAUAA